GAGAGCGGACGACCCAUAAAGAAGCCGUCGAAGGACUUGCCCGACACCGCACAACACGUCUCGAAGCCUAUUUUCCCGUUUUACAGACUUGUCUACUUCAUAACGUCAGUCUAUAACUUCCUCAACAAGCGGUUUUUCGUACGCCCGAUACGGACCGGAAAGAUAUUCGGGCAGCUGCGUCUCGAGGAUGUUGAGGUUGACUACCACGAGAUUAUCAAAAACCCCAUGGAUUUGGGAACCGUUGAAGUAAAGAUGUGUAACAGAGAGUACCGAAAGCCCGAAGAGUUCGCAUCCGACGUGCGCUUAAUAUUUACCAAUUGUUACAAAUAUAACCCUCCGGAUCAUUGUGUGCCCCGAAUGGCCACAAAACUACAGGACGUGUUUGAAUUGAAGUUCGCUUUGAUGCCGGACGAGCCGCCGCACGGAGACUCGCUUACGGGACAUACGGACAGCUCCGGCAGCAGUUCCAGCGAUAGUUCUACUCCCACCUCAUCCAGCAGUGAGAGUGACAGCGAAGACGAGAAUAAAAUAAGGCUAUUGAAGAGGUUGAAGGAAGUGACUGAACAGAUCUCAAUGUUAGCACAAGAAGGCGGCAAAAAGAAGGCUAAAAAGAAGAAAAGAAGAAUUCAAAGCACUUCCAAGAAGGAAGACUCAGUGGACGGCACGUCAGCCUCACUAAUAGCCGGCGGAAGCAAUAUAUCACUUAUCGGUAAUUCGGGUUCAAAUGCCGGCACUUCUAAUAUGGCGCCAAACCAUGAAAUUAACACAACUAUACCAACGGGUAAGGCGUCGAAGGCCUCUAAAGCCAUGUCCGGCGCCUCAAAAGCCCAAAACUCUGCCCACAAGACGAGUGCUGUGACCAGUGCUGUGACCGCACCCGCGAAGAGACAGACAACUAAUAGUAAAGCUAACAAAAAGAACGCGAAAGUAAUGCCAGUGUUUGACAGCGAAGACGAAGACAACGCCAAACCCAUGUCUUAUGACGAGAAACUACAGCUCAGUCUUGACAUCAAUAAUCUAACGGGUGAUAAAUUACAAAAUGUAAUUCUUAUAAUCCAAUGUCGAGAUCCAGACUCUGUUCGGGCAAAUCCGGGUGAAAUAGAGAUAGAUUUUGAAACAUUAAAGCCGUCAACACUGCAAAAGUUGGCGAUCUUUUUGCGGAAGAAACCCCGAAAGCCUUACAACACGAAGAACAAGCAGGCGUUGGCUUUGGCAGCCGCUGCCAAGACUAAGGAGGAACAGGAGAAGAAGAAACAGGAACUCGAGAAGAGACUGCAGGACGUGAGCGGACAGUUGGGAGCGGCGACGAAGAAGGCGCCCAAAAAAGAUCCCUAUGCUUUCACAGAUUCAGAGAACUCACACGCGGCGGAUGUCGGGCCGACGUCACGGCUCUCGGCGUCGAGUUCGAGCUCGAGUGACAGCGACAGUAGCAGUAGUUCGAGUUCCAGUNACUCACACGCGGCGGAUGUCGGGCCGACGUCACGGCUCUCGGCGUCGAGUUCGAGCUCGAGUGACAGCGACAGUAGCAGUAGUUCGAGUUCCAGUAGUUCUUCUGAUAGCAGCGACUCUAAUGGCGAGAAGAAAGAGUCGUCGACCGCCUCUAUGUCUCAGUCAAACCCUUCUGUGAUGUCGUCUAACAAAAAGUCUGAUGCGUCUGAGAGACGAUCGAAGGUUUGGACAAAUGUUGCGCUAUCAGCUCCUGGAGGCAGUGGCUCUAACUUGAAAGCUGAGAAUAGUUUUGAAAUGUUUAGAAAACAAAUGACUCAAUUAAGAGCACAGCAAGAGAUGCGCCGAGAAGUCCUCGAGAAGGCCCGCAAAGCACGACUGCAACACAUCGACCAAAUGAACCCAAACCAGUCGUCCAACUCAUCGCCCGCUUCCGGGUCGGGCUCUCCCGGUCGGGGCUUCUCUCAGACCGAACGCCAACGCCUCAGACAGACAGAGAAGGAGCGGAGGAUGAGAGAAGCGAGAGCCCAACAAAUCGAUUUGAACCGUCAGAGCGAAAUGUUGGCUAAUUUCGAGAAAAUGUUGUGA